GGGGGGGCCGCCCGCAGGGAGCUGUUCUGAUUUCCGACGCGGACGCGAGGGGCCCGGAGCAGCCCCCGGCUCCGGCGCGCCGCCGACAUGGGCAACGCGGGGAGCAUGGAUUCGCAGCAGACGGAUUUCAGGGCGCACAACGUGCCUUAGAAGCUGCCGAUGCCCGAGCCAGGUGAACUGGAGGAGCGGUUUGCCAUCGUGCUGAAUGCCAUGAACCUACCUCCUGACAAAGCCAGGUUACUGCGGCAGUAUGACAAUGAGAAAAAAUGGGAGCUGAUUUGUGAUCAGGAGCGAUUCCAGGUGAAGAACCCUCCCCACACAUACAUUCAAAAGCUCAAAGGCUAUCUGGAUCCAGCUGUAACCAGGAAGAAAUUCAGACGGCGUGUUCAAGAAUCUACACAAAUGCUAAGAGAACUGGAAAUUUCUUUAAGGACCAACCACAUUGGAUGGGUCAGAGAGUUUUUGAAUGAAGAGAACAAAGGUCUUGAUGUUCUCGUGGAGUAUCUGUCCUUUGCGCAGUACGCUGUAACUUUUGACUUUGAAAGCGUGGAGAGCACGGUGGAGAGUUCGGUGGACAAGUCAAAGCCCUGGAGUAGGUCCAUCGAGGACCUGCACAGAGGGAGCAACCUGCCCUCACCGGUGGGCAACAGCGUCUCCCGCUCUAGCAGACAUUCUGCACUGCGAUAUAAUACUUUACCAAGCAGAAGAACCCUGAAAAAUUCCAGAUUAGUGAGCAAAAAAGAUGACGUACAUGUUUGUAUCAUGUGUUUACGUGCCAUCAUGAAUUAUCAGUAUGGUUUCAACAUGGUCAUGUCCCAUCCACAUGCUGUCAAUGAGAUUGCACUAAGCUUGAACAACAAGAAUCCCAGAACAAAAGCCCUUGUCUUAGAAUUGUUGGCAGCCGUGUGUCUUGUGAGAGGCGGGCAUGAAAUCAUUUUAUCAGCAUUUGAUAACUUUAAGGAGGUUUGUGGAGAAAAACAGCGCUUUGAGAAGUUGAUGGAACAUUUCAGGAAUGAAGACAAUAACAUAGAUUUUAUGGUGGCCUCUAUGCAGUUUAUUAAUAUUGUCGUCCAUUCCGUAGAAGACAUGAAUUUCAGAGUUCACCUCCAAUAUGAAUUUACCAAAUUAGGCCUGGAUGAAUACUUGGAUAAGCUGAAACACACAGAGAGUGACAAGCUGCAGGUACAGAUUCAGGCUUAUCUGGACAACGUGUUCGAUGUGGGUGCUUUGCUAGAAGAUGCUGAAACCAAGAAUGCUGCCUUGGAGAGGGUGGAAGAGCUGGAAGAAAACAUCUCUCAUCUGUCUGAAAAGCUGCAGGACACUGAAAAUGAAGCCAUGUCCAAGAUCGUGGAACUGGAAAAGCAGCUCAUGCAGAGGAAUAAAGAGCUGGAUGUCGUUCGAGAAAUCUACAAAGAUGCCAAUACCCAAGUUCACACAUUAAGAAAGAUGGUCAAAGAGAAAGAAGAGGCCAUUCAAAGACAGUCUACUUUGGAAAAAAAGAUUCACGAAUUGGAGAAGCAAGGGACCAUUAAAAUUCAGAAGAAAGGGGAUGGGGACAUUGCCAUACUGCCAGUUGUGGCUUCUGGUGCAGGGUCAGAAGCGGUAACAGGUAACUACGUGGGACCAGUUACAGGGGCCACGUCCUCAGGCCCCUUGCCUCCUCCGCCCCCACCACUACCUCCGUCAUCAGACACACCAGAAGCAGUACAAAAUGGCCCAGUAACUCCACCUAUGCCACCGCCGCCCUCCCCCACCUCCUCCUCUCCCUGGUCCUGCAGCCGAGACUGUGCCAGCCCCUCCUUUGCCACCACCCCCUCCUCCCUCUGCACCCCCGCUGCCUGGAACAUCUUCGCCCACAGUGGUUUUCAACUCAGGAUUAGCAGCUGUGAAAAUUAAGAAGCCGAUCAAGACGAAAUUCAGAAUGCCGGUGUUUAACUGGGUUGCUCUGAAGCCCAAUCAGAUCAACGGCACAGUCUUCAAUGAAAUUGAUGAUGAGCGAAUUCUGGAGGAUUUAAAUGUGGAUGAAUUUGAAGAGAUAUUCAAGACAAAAGCCCAGGGUCCUGCCAUUGAUCUUUCUUCAAGCAAACAGAAGAUAACACAGAAGGGAUCAAACAAAGUGACAUUACUAGAAGCAAAUAGGGCCAAAAAUCUUGCCAUAACUCUAAGGAAAGCUGGGAAGACUGCUGAUGAGAUAUGUAAAGCUAUUCAUGUAUUUGACUUGAAGACAUUGCCUGUAGACUUUGUGGAAUGUUUGAUGAGGUUCCUGCCAACUGAGAAUGAGGUGAAAGUGCUGCGGCUCUAUGAGCGGGAAAGGAAGCCCCUGGAGAACUUGUCGGAUGAAGACCGGUUCAUGAUGCAGUUCAGUAAAAUUGAGAGGCUCAUGCAGAAGAUGACCAUCAUGGCCUUCAUUGGGAACUUUGCUGAAAGCAUACAAAUGCUGACUCCUCAACUGCACGCAAUUAUAGCAGCAUCUGUCUCUAUAAAGUCAUCCCAAAAACUCAAGAAAAUUCUGGAGAUUAUCUUGGCACUUGGAAACUACAUGAAUAGCAGUAAGCGAGGAGCAGUUUAUGGAUUUAAGCUUCAGAGUUUAGAUCUGCUCUUGGAUACAAAGUCAACAGACCGAAAGCAAACGCUGUUGCACUACAUAUCGAAUGUUGUAAAAGAAAAAUAUCACCAAGUGACCCUAUUUUAUAAUGAGCUUCAUUAUGUGGAAAAAGCUGCUGCAGUGUCCCUUGAGAAUGUUUUGCUGGAUGUCAAGGAGCUCCAGAGGGGCAUGGACUUGACCAAGAGGGAGUACACCAUGCAUGACCACAACACGCUGCUGAAGGAGUUCAUCCUUAACAACGAGGGAAAACUGAAAAAGCUGCAGGACGAUGCCAAGAUUGCACAGGACGCCUUUGAUGAUGUGGUCAAGUAUUUCGGUGAAAACCCCAAGACAACACCACCGUCUGUGUUCUUUCCAGUCUUUGUCCGGUUUGUGAAAGCCUAUAAGCAAGCAGAAGAGGAAAAUGAGCUGAGGAAAAAGCAGGAGCAAGCUCUCAUGGAGAAACUCCUGGAGCAAGAGGCCCUCAUGGAGCAGCAGGAUCCAAAGUCUCCUUCCCAUAAAUCAAAGAGACAGCAACAAGAGUUAAUUGCAGAACUAAGAAGGCGACAAGUCAAAGAUAACAGACAUGUGUAUGAGGGAAAAGACGGUGCCAUUGAAGAUAUUAUCACAGAUCUUAGAAACCAACCAUACAGACGAGCCGAUGCGGUGAGGAGAAGUGUCAGGCGGCGCUUUGAUGAUCAGAACUUACGUUCUGUUAAUGGUGCCGAAAUAACGAUGUGAGCCUGAGACCUGCCUGCACAAGUAGUGUGCGUGCAUGAAACUGCCCACGUGGAUUUUAUGUGCUACCGUUUAACUGCAGCCUUGAACACAGGAAAAUAUAUCCUUAAGGGCUCAGAAUUAGCAAACACAUAGGAAUUUUUAAAUGAUGGGUUUUCCUUUCAACCCUUGUUAACAAGUGCCUAAAAAUGAAAGUACCUGCUCAGAUUAAUCAAAGCAAUAGGAUUUGAUUUGAUUAGGUAUCUUUUUACACCACUCUGUUACUCAGUUUUUUAACCAAAAUGUAAUUUUCAUAUUGAAUUCAUUGCCUGCCACUGUGGCCAUCUCACAAUGGCCCACCCUGGUUUCCUGAUCAGUUGUAAACAUGGGUGCAUCUGCUGUGAAUGUCCUUUGCUGAGAUGUCUUUUAAAGAAUUUUGUUUCAGCCAUAUCCACUUUCUAUUUAUAAGGACUUGCAGCAUAGAAAGAGGAAAAAGUCACACAAAAUCUCCUCUUAACCAUAAGCAAGCCCCAGCAAAAUUAAAAAAGGAUGCAAUAGCAAUGGCACAGAAGUCACUCAACCAUCUCCAGUUUCACAUUCUGCUGCUUCUGUGCUAGGGUACAAUGCCCUGUGAGGGACAUUCACUGGUAGGAAUGCAAAGCUAUGAUGGCAUAAAAUGUUGUGUAAGACUUAUUUGCAGUACUGUGUUCUUCAGCUAGAGGCAGCUUUUGAAGUAAUGCAAAUAAAUGUAUUUAUUAAUCAGCACUAAAAUUAACAUCUCAGUAACAGGCAUUAGGGUUUCUGAGGCCCAUUAUGGGCCAAUUCUAAUAGAAAUUGGUGCCUUGCUAGCCAGGAAGUUUACUGGCUCUGUCAACAACAUUCAAGGUUACAUCUACUAGCAGAUUUGUUAGGAAUUUGGCCUUAAUCUCUUCGGACAAUCGCAGGGUUUUUUUUGUUCUUUUUCCCUUUUGUAAAUUGGAGAAGAAGAUAUGUUUGGCAUCAUGUAUCUUCUAAAUGGUUAAAAUGCUAAAUUGGUGUUCUAUUUCCCAGAUUACUUGUGGGAAAUUAAAUUAAGUUACUGAGAAAUACUAACACUGGGAUUAAGGUUAAUUCAUAUGAGAUGAGACGAAAUGGCCAAGAAGCCACAAUUACUUUUUCCUUCCUCUCUGGCAGGGCACGUGAUCCAUUCCAAAGUCAAAAACUGGACUGAAGCUAAAUUUGUACUUUUAUAAUAUACAUUCUGCUUCUUGCUUACCUUCUUGGUAUUACAUCAAUAUAUUAAUUGUAAAGUUUAUUGUAUAGUAUUUAACCACUGAAUUUCUUAUUUUAUGUUGUGCUUAUGUGAACCCUUUGGUGAAGGUCCCUUUUCCUUGGAUAAUGUGUAGUUAUAUGAUCUCUUUUGAAAUGUACAGAUAUUUUGCUAUAAAAUUGGUGCAGUUUUUUAUGGUUUUUACACUUCUCUUUAAUUCCCACCUAAGCCUCUGGGUAAUAUUGUAAAUAUUGUUUAAAAAUGCAUCAGCCUAUGCUAUACAAUCUGAAUGUUAUUUUAACUUAUAGGUUUUUUUUUAAUAUAUAUAUUUAACUACAAGGACAGAUUAGGAUCAGUUACCACAUUUCACUUUAGAAUAUCUAUUUACAAAAGGAUUACUUUAAAACUGCCACCUGCUGGCACAUUUCCAUAAAUGUGUACUAUUAUAAAAGAACAUGCCAAGAUUUUGUCAUUCUGUUGGCUCAAUAGCAAUUUGCCCAUAAGAUUAUAACCCAAAUAGUUGGACCUUUACCACAAACCAGCUGUUUUCAAAGCUCAAUGCUGCUGUACCUGUCAUAAAAAAAUCAUCAAUUUAUUAACCUAAAAAUGAGACAGUAAUGUUGGCAUGUUCUUUUCUGUUUGUCUAUUAAUAGGCCUGCUUCUUAGCAAUAUUAGAAAUGUUUUAUAAAAGCAAUUCAUGUUACUUUUCUGGUCUUUUCAUGGCAUAUGAGCAAAUAAAACUAUUUACACUACUA